UCCAACUUAUUUUUAUUAGGUUUACCAUGAAUGCCAAAAAAGCGCAUUAUCAAACAAGAACAACUGUAAAACAGACGUGUUUUUGUGCACAUAGAGGCAUAAUUGUUAUUUCACUUUUAAAUCCACACGGACUUUGCCCCUCCUAGCUUAGCGUCGUCGUAGCCACGCAGCUUAGAAGGGGCGUGUCGUAUCUACAUUAGUGAAGUGGCGCGGACGAACCUUAGCAUGUUAAGUGACGUCUUUGUUUAUGUUUAUUUUAUCACUUGGGUUUUUUUUCUUACCUUUGUCUCUCUAAUACAUCCCAGAGUCGGUUACUUUCGGCAAGUGUAUAAUUUGCUCUCAAAUUGUGCUGCACAGAAAACAAUAUCCGUUUUAUCGUGCAUUUUUAAUACCAGUCAAAUUAUGUAUACUGUACAAUGUGCCAUCAAAAGAUUAGUAUUAAAGAUAAAAAAGUUGUCAUUUUUAACGAGUAUUAUAGUUCUUCAAUAUGAUGAAAUAAAUGAUACGCCAGAGCAACUGGGCAAGGGAAGUCCCCCGCGCCCUCAGUCAAAUAUAGCCGCACGGACGUGUCCUUGAGCGGUUGGUCCACGUCUACCUCUCCUACGUAUAAAUACAUGUGCUUGAUCGCAUUUACGCUUUAAGUUUGUCUCGGGAGGAUCUUUAGGUCACCAUCACCUGCCAGACAUCAAUCAAAGCCAAGAUGUCGCUGACGCCACACUUCAGAUUCACGUAUUUUAUUGGUGGGAUGCAAACGAAGAUGUGGUGUAGAUGAAAUGCGAUUGGUUGACAAAGUGCCUCUGCCCAUUGGUGGAAGUUAAUACAGACGUCCGUGCUCAAAUGAGUGCAUACUGAAAUCCGAUUGGUCGACGGGCUUAUCGGACUGACGUGACGCAGAUCAGAAUUCCCGAAGUCUCCAAAUUCGAGGGGAGGAUCCGAGGAUAAUAACGGGAUCAUCGGGAGUGGAAAUUACUGCUGAGCGACGUGGGGCUUCAACAAAAAAGAGGUAAAAUUGUGUCCUCUGUGCUGUGCCAAGAGGGCGCCUCAAGGUGGCAAUGUCGGACCACAGCAGCAGCACUGGCAGCAGCGGCUCGUCCACCAACAGCUGGACGCUCCUCUCCCCAGAGGAGGUGGCCGUGGACAAUGGGGGAGCGCUGGACGAUGGCACGGAGAGCCUGGGCGACGCCCCCAGCCUUUCUGAAGACAUGGCGGCAGGUGUCGCUGGGGAGAUCAAGCCCAGUGACAUUCCAGUGGAGUGUGUCUUAUCAGAGGAAGGCCACCAGCGGGUUGGAAGAUGGAUGAUUAAUGACGCACGCACUCAUUGCCAGGUGUGUCAAGAGACCGCCCCAGAGUCCGGUGACGGUCACACCCUUUGCUGUCCUCUCCAGCCUGACCAGUCGGAGGCGCUGGACCCGGAGAGCCAGGCCCCCGUCAUUCACGACAUCGUGACCAGCUCACCUUGCGACAACGAGCACCCGGGCGUGGCCUUCGUCUCCAGCCUGGAUUUUGGGGUGCCGCCGGAUUUCGCAGAGCCCGACGAGACCCUUCGGGAAGCAGAUAACUCAGUCGCUGACGAACCGGAGCCAGUCGUCAUCCCCGCUGAGACGGUCACCGCCUCGGAGCCUCCUUGGCACGGGGACGCCGACAUUAACCGAGACCAACCGGAACCGCCGGUGGGCUCGGGCCCAGCUGAUGAUGUCAAAGCACCAGAGAGCCUUGGUUCGAUGCAAGUAGAGGACAAGGAAGAAGAGGAGGGCCCACCUGAGUUUGAGAUACAGGAGGAGCAGGAAGAAGAAGGAGAAAGCCCCACUGGUCACCAUGGCGACGGACUGCGCAGGAGGACGUUCCAGUCCGGGCCGAACGCGUCAGAUGUGGAAGACGAGGAUGACGGGGACGAGGACGAGGACGAAGAGGAGAUGGACUUCAGGCUGCCAGAGACAAAGGAGGAGAAGGCUUGGUGGUCGGCCAACAAGUGCAUCGCGGGCGCCGCCGUGCUGCUCUUCCUGGGAGUGCUCUUCCUUUCCGGCGACUUUGACACCGGCGAUGUGAGCGAUGCAGAACAAAGCCAGAAAGCCGCUGACGCUCUAGGCAACACCGGCUUCUUCCUCACCAAUGAGAUGUCUGCAGAGUUCCAAGCAGUCUUGGACAUGUUUGACACGGACGGGAGCGGGGACAUCAGCGCCAAGGAGCUGGGCACCGUCAUGAGGAUGCUGGGAGAAAACCCCUUGAGGCGGGAACUGAGCAACAUCAUUAAGGAGGCCAAAGAAGACGCCGACAAACUUGAUGGGAAGAAGAGCCGUGAGAGGGAAGGGCAAAAACAAGACAGCGGCAACCGCUGGAGGCGAGUGUGGGUGCACCUGGAGAAGAUCCGGAGGGAGAUCUCGGAAGGUGUGGAGCGCUGGAACGAGAGGAGGAGGAAGGACCCGGAAAAGCGGCGCAAAGACGAGGGGAAGGAGGAGUGGAAGCGCCGCAACGAGUGGGAAGCCAAGAAGCUGCAGCGCCGGCUGGACCGCGAGAAGAGGAGGAAGGAAAAGCCGUGGCGCGGUCAGCGGAAGCAGCGCUCCGACGACAUGGCCGACUUCUGGCGGGCGCAGGAACACAAGCUGCGGCGCCCCAGCCGCCCACGCCGCUGCGCCUCGGUGGAAGACUGCGCUGCCCAGGAGGGCCUUUUCCCCGUUGAGCUGCCCGAGUUCCAGGAGCUGCUGGAAGGCUACCUGGACAAGCUGGAAGGCUCGCCCGCGGAGAGCAAGAACGUCCUCCGGCGGCUGGUGGCCAACUUCUUCAGCGGCGGCGUCUUCGUGCACGACCGCCGGCCGUUCGCCGACUUCGCCGAGGACGUGGCGGACAUCCUGGAGGACAUGGCGGAUGUGGCGGAGGGCGCCGACGACACCUUGGAGGAGGCCAUGGAGGAGUUUGAGAGGGAAGCCCUGUGGAAGUUUGCCGCCGUGGAACAACAUUGAGCGGAGCGACUGAGGCGGAAAUCUUCUUGCCGCCAGAGCUGGAACUGACGCAACAAACAUAUCCCCGCUCUCGCGGCUCUGCACAGUAAUCCUCCCACAAUUAGAGGCCACGCCCUGCCACAAAUACUCCCAAAUGCCACCUCAAGAAAAUUAGAAUUUCAUAUCUCAAUUGUGAAACCUCAACCUUUGAUUUUUUGGCCAUGAACUACGAGAAGACUAAUUGAAGACAUUAAA